UAAAGCGAAAAGUGAACGGCCGCAGAUUUUCCGGCCGAUUCCUUUCCCCUCCGCCAAAUUACUAUAAAACUCUCUCUCCCCUUCGCCAAAUUCUUCACUUUUGGUUGAGUGAAUGAAGGACUACAAGCUACCGUCGGCGAGAAAGAGUGGUGGCGCCGCCGCUACUACCAACGGUUACAUUAUGGAGGCGUUCAUGUCCACGGCGCCGGCGUUUCCAGCGCCGCCGCCCACUGUCAUCAACUCCGAUUCCCGGCAACCGGCCGCGGCUGUCGCGGUCGGGGAAGAUGGAUUCCAGGAGAAUCUCCAGCGGCGGCUACAAAUCCUGGUGGACGGCGCGGCGGAGAAGUGGACGUACGCGAUAUUCUGGCGGUCGCCGGCGGCGGGGUUUGAAGGGCAGGCGGGGCUGGCGUGGGGCGACGGGUAUUACAAAGGGGGCGUGGAAAAGCCGAUUCCACGGCGGAAGUCCUCGCCGGAGAUGGCGGCGGAGCAGGCGCGGCGGAAGAGGGUUCUCCGGGAACUCUACGCUUUAGUUGCUAGCCCCGCCGGUACCGACGCCAUCGACGAGGAAAUCACGGACCCGGAGUGGUUCUUUCUUAUCUCCAUGAACCAAUCCUUCCAAAACGAUUCAAAUCUUCCGGGUCACGCGUUUUACAGGUCCAACCGGGUAUGGAUAUCCGGCGCCGGAGAAUUGGAUUCCUCGCCGUUUGAGCGCGCCAAACAGGGAAAGCGAUUAGGGAUACAGACCAUGGCCUGCAUCCCUUCGCAAAACGGCGUCGUCGAGCUCGGCUCCACGGAUUUGAUUUUCCAAAACGACGCCCAUUUGAUGAACCAAAUUGGGGUUUUGUUCAACUUUGAAGAAAAUAAUGAUAAUACUAAUAAUAAUAAUAAUAAUCCUGCAAUGGGUUUAACGUCGAGAAGCUCGUGCCUGAGCAAUCCGAGCACUGUGAUGCCCAGCCAGGAGGAUUCAAUUCCUUCUGUUACUAGCAAACGGAUGGCGGUGGAGAAGGAGAAGACGCCGGCGAAAUGCGCAACACCGAGAAGGAGGAACAACGACGACGGGGUGGCUCUCGCUCUGCUUGCUUCCGGUGGUGUUGAUUCUCUGCCUGGCGGUGAAGGAGGAGGAGGGGAAAGGGCAAAGAAGAGAGCAAGAAAGCCGGCGGCGACGAACGGGAACGGGAACGGGAACGGGAAAGAGGAAACGCGGACCCAUGUGCAAGCAGAGAGACAAAGGAGGGAAAGACUGAACCAGAGAUUCUACACCCUAAGAACAAUGGUCCCAAACGUCUCCAAAAUGGACAAAGCCUCCAUUCUCGAAGACGCCAUUGCUUACAUAAACCAGCUCGAAUCAAAGCUCCAAAAACCCAAACCCACUACUCCCCAUCACAAUAUUGAAGACGCCGCCGGAGACGAAGAAGAUGCAGACGAUCAGAGCGCAGAUGUGGACGUGAAGAUCAUUGGCGAAGACGCAAUGAUAAAGAUAGAAUGUAACAAGAAGAACCACCCGGCGGCGAGGCUAAUGGCGGCCCUCAAGGAGUUGGACCUUCACAUCCGCCAUGCAAAUGUGUCGGUGGCCAACAAGUUGAUGAUCCAACAGGCCACCGUCAAGAUGGGGAGCCGCCAUUACACAUCAGACCAGCUUCGUUCAGCUUUGGAAAGUAUACUUGCACAAAAUUGAAGGCUCCUGGAAAUAUCAAAUAUUCAAGCAAAUUAUUAUUAAUUUUAUGCAAGAAAAUUGUGGCAGUUUUCCAUUAUUGGUCAAUUAAAUUAUUGUUUUAUAAUUUUAUUAACACUUUUACAUUGAGAAAUCCUUUUUAAU